UAAUGGCAGAUGAUCAAACCAAAUUAAAUCAAUAUAGACAGUCAAAAUUGUAUUUGAUUAUAACGUGUAAUAUUGCAAACGAUUUACCUUAUAAUUUUUAUACGCUUACUAUGUGAUUUCUGUAUCGUAUAUUUGCUCAGGCAAUCCCCGGACGUAUUUAACGAGCUAGUUUGAAACGAAUAAGCCGUUUUACCAAAACAAAUGAAUGUUUUGAUUCAGCACAGUACAAUUUAGAAGAAACAGAACAGGCGCUGUUAGUUUUUAAUCUUUAAAAGGUUGUUUAAAUAUUUUAUUUCAGUUUAAAUAUUUUUCUUUACAUUUUUAUUGAUUUUAAACUAGAUGGUUAGAUAUACAGGAUAUAGGUAUAUCGUUUAAGAUGAGAAAGUCAUCAGAGGUGGUAUAUAAAUGCUGAUGUUGUUGAAUAUUGCUAAUGAGCAGAUAACAUAUGAGAAGCAAAGAAAAGCUUUCAUAAUACCAGUCCUCUCUCUGCAAAGGUGUUUGAGAGACUGUAGCAAAUAGGAUGGUGGUAGAGGUGGAGAGUUUCUAUGGCGUGUAUAUGCUGUACUGUACUAACCCGAAAUUCAAGGGUCGAAUAUACAUUGGCUUCACUGUGAACCCAGAACGCCGUAUCGGUCAACACAACGCUGGACGGCACCGAGGAGGAGCCAAAAGAACAAGUGGCAGAGGACCAUGGGAGAUGGUUCUUAUCAUUCAUGGAUUUCCAUCUGAUAUUGCAGCUCUUCGGUUUGAGUGGGCCUGGCAGCAUCCGCACAUCUCUCGUCGACUGUCGCAUGUUGCCCGGCGCAGUCGUAAGGAGUCCAGUUUGCAGUUCCACUGGCGUGUGGUGUCAAACAUGCUGCGAGUGGCGCCGUGGAGUCGUCUCCCCCUUACUGUGCGGUGGCUAAAGCAGGAGUACCGAAUGGACUUCGCACCUGAGAUGCAGCCUCCUCUGCACAUUCCUCUAACAUUUGGCUGUGUUCGUGCUAAGAGGAAACCGCAGCAGGAGUGCGAGGAACAAGAUGAGAGACCAGUGGAGCAGUGCGUGUUAUGUGGGGGGUUUGUUAAGGCUAUGGAUAGACUAUCUUGUUUCCACUCUUCCUGUCAAAUGGUUAGUCAUCUGAUUUGCCUGGCUAAACAUUUUCUGAAAGCAGACCCUUCCCACCUACUUCCUGUGGAGGGAAAGUGUCCUGGCUGCCAUCACUCAGUGCUGUGGGGGAGUUUGAUACGCCAUAAAAAUGGCUGUUAUGGAGAUUUAGAAGAAAUUACCUCAUCCUCAUCACAGUUAUUAGGGGAUUUUUAUAGUUGGAGUCAGAGAAAGUUGCAGCUUUUAGUGAGACAAGAGUCACUGGACAGAUGAACUACAGUUGUGAAGACAAUGCCAUACAGCUGUUUCUGUGUUUUAAGAAGUAUUAGUUGAAUUGAAUUCAUCUGACCUGACAGACUGGCUGCUCAUUAAGGCAUCUUUACAUUCUAAGAAAUGUGGAAUUACCAAGGAUACACAGAAUAAGAUGAAUCAGACCUUUUGAAAUGAGUCUUCAGACAUAUUUUAAAAUAAGAUAUAAAACAUUUUAAUUAAGCAGUAAUGCAUGUUUGAACAUCAUGUGUAAGCUCAGUCACGGCAAGAGUAAUGACUGGGCAGUGUGUGUUUUUAAACAACUGUGGUUGUUUUAAAUAAAUGUAAAUGCAGUUAUUUUGUAUGUGAGAUCAUGUGUAGAUGUAUUUAUUGAACAAUAAAUCAGUGUACUUUG